GUUUACAAAGGAUUGGAUAUAAUUACAAACAAAAUGCCUAUAAAAGAACGCGAAGGGAUUCCACACCAUCUUAUGGACUUUUUAGAGCCAUCUCAAGAAUAUCGCGUCACUGAAUUUACUGAAGAUGCUAUAAAAAUUAUUCAUGAUAUUCAUAGUCGCAAUCAUAUUCCUAUUAUUGUUGGUGGAACUCAUUAUUACAUACAAUCUUUACUUUGGAAAAAUUCACUUAUUAAAACCUAUGAUGUCAGCGAGUAUGAAA